AUGUGGCGCACACUCAAUAAGUGCUGGGACAACAGCCAGACCUGCAGCUGUCCUUACUGUAAAGAAACAUUCAGCCAAAGACCCGAUCUCAAGAUUAAUACCACACUGCGAGAGCUCGUAGGUCACUAUAAGAAGAAAACACCUGAGAAAAAACCUGAAGUUCUGUGUGACAUCUGCGAGGAAAGAAAGCUCAAAGCCCUAAAGUCGUGUGUGGUGUGUCAGAGCUCUUACUGUGAAACUCAUCUGGAGCGUCAUUUGAGAGUGGCAGCUUUAAAGAAACACAAACUGAUGGAGCCUGUGAGUAAUCUGGAGGACUAUAUAUGUCAGACACAUGAGAGACCUCUGGAGCUGUUCUGUAGAGACGAUCAGACAUGUGUGUGUCUGAUGUGUCAUGUGACAGACCACAAGAACCACAAGACUGUUCCUCUAGAAGAGGAGAGUGAAGAGAAGAAGACUCAACUGAUAAAGACACAGAAAGACGUGCAGCAGAUGAUCCAGGAGCGAAUCGAGAAGAUUGAAGACAUCCAACACUCAGCAGAAAGAAACACAGAGGAGGAGAAAGCAGCCCGUGUUGAGCUCUUCACUGAUCUCAUCCGCUCCAUUGAGAGAUGCCAGACUGAACAGCUGGAGAUGAUGGAGGAGCAGCAGAAAGCAGCAGAGAAACAGGAGAAAGAGCUCAUGGAAGAGCUGGAGAAGGAGAUCAGUGAGCUAAAGAUGAGAAACACUGAGCUGGAGCGGCUCUCACACACUGAAGAUCACCUCCACCUGCUACAGAUUUACUCAUCCCUCUGCAGCCCUAGAAACAGCAGGAACUGGCCUGAGAUCAGUAUGAAGACUCAUGUGAGUCUGGAGACUCUGAGGAGAGCUCUGACUCAACUGCAGCACACUCUAGAUGAGAAACUCACAAAAACUGAGCUGAAGAGGAUGCAGCAGUAUGCAGUGGAUGUGACUCUGGAUCCUGAUACAGCUCUUCCAAACCUCAUCCUGUCUGAUGAUGGAAAACAAGUGAGACUUGGAGACGUUAGACAGAACCUCCCAGACAAUCCAAAGAGAUUUGAUAAUUGUAUAUAUGUCCUGGGAAAGGAGGGAUUCUCCUCAGGGAGAUUUUAUUUUGAGGUGCAGGUGAAGGGAAAUACUGAUUGGGAUUUAGGAGUGGUCAGAGAAUCCAUUAACAGGAAGGGAGAGAUCACACUGAGUCCCAGGAAUGGAUACUGGACUGUGGUCCUGAGGAAUGGUUAUGAAUAUGAAGCCUUUGCUGGUCCCUCUGUCGCUCUGUCUCUGAGAGUGAAGCCGCAGCGGGUCGGUGUGUUUGUGAAUUAUGAGGAGGGUCUGGUCUCCUUUUAUGAUGUGGAGUCCAGCUCUCAUAUCUACUCUUACACUGGUCAGUCUUUCACUGACAAACUCUAUCCAAUUUUAAGCCCAGGAUUAAACAAUGAAGGUCAAGACUCAGCGCCACUGAUCAUCACACCUGUCAAUUACAGUAAAUGA